UCAUCCAAUACUCCAUUCCUAUAUUCGAGCUUCUACUAGCUCCUACCAAAGAAAAAAGAAAGAAAAUAAUCUUCUGAAUUAGGGGGAUUUUGUUCGGGGGCAGAAUGUUGGGAGUGUUUAGCAGUGCGAUAGUGUCUCCACCGGACGAACUGGUUGCGGCCGGUUGCCGAACUCCAUCGCCUAAGAUAACGGCGGAUGCUCUGGUGAAACGGUUCCUUGAGACAAACUCCUCCGCCGUGUCCAUGCAGAUCGGAGACCAUGUCCAAUUUGCUUAUUCUCACCACAACGAGUCCGCUAUACAGCCCAGAUCAUUUGCUGUGAAAGAUGAAAUCUUCUGCUUGUUUGAGGGUGCCCUUGAUAACUUGGGGAGUUUAAAGCAGCAAUAUGGACUUGGUAAGUCAGCAAAUGAGGUGAUAUUGGUUAUUGAAGCUUACAAGGCUCUUCGUGACAGAGCUCCUUACCCUCCCAACCAUGUCGUUGGCCAUCUAAGCGGGAGCUUUGCUUUUAUUGUCUUUGACAAGUCUACCUCCACCUUGUUUGUGGCUUCUGAUCAAUUUGGUAAGGUUCCACUUUACUGGGGAAUAACGGCUGACGGAUAUGUGGCCUUUGCUGAUAAUUCUGAUUUGCUUAAAGGUGCCUGUGGCAAGUCUCUUGCUUCUUUCCCUCAAGGCUGUUUCUUCUCCACAGCAAUUGGGGAACUAAGGAGCUAUGAGAAUCCUAAGAACAAGAUCACUGCUGUUCCUGCUAAAGAAGAGGAGAUAUGGGGUGCUACAUUUAAGGUGGAAGGGCCAGCAGUUCUUGCAGCCAGAGAGUAGAUCUUUGAAUCUAUCCGUGGGAAAGGAUAAAGCGGUUAUAUGUGGUUGGAAAUCAAAGGCAUAUGCACUAGUCUCCAUGGAUGUGAAUACAUGAGUGUGACUAUUGGUAGAAUAUAUGCUUAAUAGAAAUGGUAGUAACUUCUUUGUGGGUAGCUUUAUCUUUGUUCUUGAAGCUAGCUUUUGCUCCAACUUCAUCCUUUGUACAGCUUCAACUUCUAAUCUAAUAAAAGUUUGUUUGAGGGUCC